AUGUCAAGAAUAUACGACGAAGUGGACUCAGGCUAUGCUGAAGCAUGCAGUGACGUCACAGUUUGCUCUAACAAGAAAGGGUUCUUCAAAGACUUAGCGAAUGAAGUAGUAUCUAUCGCGGAAUCCACCGGCUUUUUGAACACAUUUGACGAAAUCGAUGAACGCAGCAAGGUUAAGGCUGUUAUGGGAAAUGAAACGGCAAUUUCCGUUGAACUUUGGCAGCCGUCUAAAUCCAGUGACAACACGCCACCGCCCGUCGGCUCCACGCUUGACUGA